AAUGUUGAUCGGUUGGAAUGGUGAAAAGGUGGAGCAAUGAUGGGAACAUGAUCAUAACUAUUCAUAUCCUGACAAAAACUCAAGCUUUUGAAUCACGUGUACAACAAACAACACCCAAGCCUUGCAGGACUUUCUUCUUGCGCGUUCUAUGAAUUAAAGUACGCAUUUCAGGCAAAAGAACAGUUUCGACACUAAAUUGUCUGUGCAACACUGACCAUCAAAAGCUUUCCUUCUUGACUUCACAUAAUACUCUUUAUUGGCCAGAUUAUCAUCUAAUUGAUCAUCAUGGCACAAUUAUUUCACAAAGAUCCCAGAAAUGCGGGCUUGUUCAUCGGAGGUGAACGUAUGUCAGGUCAAGAAAUUCGUGAUCAAAAUGUACUUGCCGCUCAAUCGAUUGCUAAUAUCGUUAAAUCAUCUCUGGGACCUGUAGGUUUAGAUAAAAUGUUGGUGGAUGAUAUCGGAGAUAUGACGAUCUCCAAUGAUGGCGCAACAAUUUUACAAUUACUCGAAGUUGAUCAACCUGCAGGAAGAAUUUUGGUCGAAUUAGCCACUCAACAAGACAAAGAAGUUGGAGACGGUACAACUUCUGUCGUCAUUAUUGCAGCUGAAUUAUUGAGAAGAGCAAACGAAUUGGUAAAGAACAAAAUUCAUCCAACAACAAUCAUCACAGGAUAUAGACUUGCUUGUCGUGAAGCAGUCAAAUAUAUGCAAGAUCAACUAUCCACAAAGGUUGACACUUUGGGCAAAGAGAGCUUAAUCAAUGUUGCAAAAACAAGUAUGUCCAGUAAAGUCAUCGGAAGUGAUGAUGAUUUCUUCGCUCAAUUGGCCGUUGAUGCAAUGCUUGCUGUCAAGACACUCAACCCAAGAGGAGAGAUCAAAUACCCUGUCAAAGCAGUCAACGUUUUGAAAGCACAUGGUAAAUCAGCAAGAGAAUCAAUCUUUGUUAACGGAUAUGCUCUAAAUUGCACUGUGGCCUCGCAAGCAAUCAAGACACGAGUUCGUAAUGCAAAGAUUGCAUGCUUGGACAUCAAUCUACACAAACAGAGAAUGCAUAUGGGUGUCCAUGUCACAAUUGAUGAUCCCGAUCAAUUGGAAAAGAUCCGAGCAAGAGAAAGUGAAAUCGUCUUGGAACGGGUCCGUAAGAUUUUGGCAGCCGGUGCAAACGUCAUCUUGACAACAAAAGGUAUCGAUGAUCUAUGUUUGAAGGAAUUCGUUGAAGCUGGCGCAAUGGCUGUUAGAAGAUGUCGCAAAGAAGACCUCCGUCGAAUUGCAAAGGCAACCGGAGGUCAAUUGGUCAGCAGUUUGGCCAAUUUGGAAGGAGAUGAAACAUUCGAAGCAAGCAGCUUGGGUCAGGCAGAAGAAGUUGUGCAAGAGCGUAUUUCAGAUGAUGAAUUGAUUUUGAUCAGAGGAACAAAGACAGUCAGCAGCUCUUCGAUUAUCUUGCGUGGUGCAAAUGAUUACAUGUUGGAUGAAAUGGAACGUUCGCUGCAUGACAGUCUUUCGGUGAUCAAGAGAACACUAGAAAGCGGAAGUGUUGUUCCUGGAGGCGGGGCUGUAGAAUCAGCUUUAAGCAUCUAUCUAGAAAACUUUGCAACCACUUUGGGCAGUCGUGAACAAUUGGCCAUUGCUGAAUUCGCACAAGCAUUGUUGGUCAUUCCCAAAGUAUUGGCAGUCAACGCAGCAAAGGAUAGCACUGAUUUGGUUGCUAAGCUACGUGCGUACCAUAACGCUGCUCAGAAUGCAGGACCAAGUGAUCCCAAGCGCAAUUUGCGAUUCUACGGAUUGGAUCUAUUGAACGGGCAAGUACGUGACAAUCUACGAGCAGGUGUUUUGGAGCCAACAGUGAGCAAAACACGCAGUCUAAAGAGUGCAUUAGAAGCUGCAACCGGUCUCUUACGUAUUGAUGAUGCAGUUCGUGUUCAGCCGCCACCACAAGAGGAGGAUCCCCAUGCGCACAUGUAAACCAUUGACAUCAGCAGAUGAAUAAAAAUGUAAUAAUUAAUAAAAGACUGAUAUGAAAGAGAUUGGAAAAUGUUCAUUUGGAUGCAUCCCAUCUAGAAGGUCGCUCAUCUUGCGUAGAUGUUUGGGGUUCUGCAGAUCCGUUUUGCUUUGAGCUUUCUUGCCAAUUUCCUUCAUCUUGCCAAGGAUUGGAUGAUUUCAAAGGAGGUUGAGGAGUAGGCUGUGACGAAUUUGCUGUUCCUGUUUGGUUGGGAGAUGAUGAUGUGGCUUUUUCCACAUCUU